GGAGCAGGGCAGAGAGGCGCGUCACCAGGCUCUCGGGAUGUGGGAGGUGAUGGAGUCGGGAUACGGGGCGUGCAGAACUAGCUGGAGACAGAGCUUCGGGGAUGGGGUUCCCCAGGUGACUCGGACACAGCAGCAGCACCAUGGCGAGCUCAACACAGGGCCUCCCCAGCGCCGAGCUCUGGGCCUCCCAUAGCAAGAUGGUGAUGGAGCCACUGGACACCAAUGACCCAGAGGUGCACAGCAUCAUCAAGAAGGAGAAGCAGCGGCAGAGGCUGGGGCUGGAGUUAAUUGCAUCGGAGAACUUUGCAAGCCGAGCGGUCCUGGAGGCCCUGGGAUCCUGCAUGAACAACAAAUACUCUGAGGGUUACCCAGGACAGAGGUACUACGGCGGGACGGAGUUUGUGGACGAGCUGGAAAGGCUGUGUCAGAAGCGAGCCCUGCAGGCCUACCGGCUCGACCCCCAGAAGUGGGGAGUCAAUGUCCAGCCCUACUCAGGGUCACCCGCAAACUUUGCGGUGUACACGGCCCUGGUGGAGCCCCACGGCAGAAUCAUGGGGCUGGACCUGCCCGAUGGUGGCCACCUCACCCAUGGGUUCAUGACAGACAAGAAGAAGAUCUCUGCCACCUCUGUCUUCUUCGAGUCCAUGCCCUACAAGGUCAACCCCAAGACUGGUUACAUCGACUAUGACCGGCUGGAGGAGAACGCCCGGCUCUUCCACCCCAAGCUGAUCGUAGCAGGUGUCAGCUGCUACUCGCGGAACCUGGACUACGCCCGCAUGCGGAAGAUCGCCGAUGACAACGGGGCCUAUCUCAUGGCCGACAUGGCCCACAUCAGCGGGCUGGUGGCCGCCGGCGUGGUGCCCUCACCCUUCGAACACUGCGACAUCGUCUCCACCACCACCCACAAGACCCUGCGGGGCUGCAGGGCUGGCAUGAUCUUCUACCGCAAAGGAACCCGCAGUGUGGACCCCAAGACAGGCAAGGAGACCCUCUACAACCUGGAGAGCCUCAUCAACCAGGCGGUGUUCCCGGGGCUGCAGGGAGGCCCACACAACCACGCCAUUGCAGGGAUCGCCGUGGCGCUGCACCAGGCCAUGACACCCGAGUUCAAGGCUUACCAGCAGCAGGUGGUGGCCAACUGCAAGGCACUCUCAUCAGCACUGAUGGAGAUGGGCUACGACAUCGUCACAGGGGGCUCUGACAACCACCUGAUCCUGGUGGAUCUGCGCAGCAAAGGCACAGACGGCGGCCGGGCCGAGCGGGUGCUGGAGCUCUGCUCCAUCGCCUGCAACAAGAACACGUGUCCUGGUGAUGUCAGUGCCCUGCGCCCCAGCGGCCUCCGGUUCGGGACGCCGGCUCUCACCUCGCGCGGCUUCCGGCAGGACGACUUCCGAAAGGUGGCCCAGUACAUCCACAGAGGCAUCGAGCUGGCUCUGCGUGUGCAGAAGGAAAUGAGCCCCAAGGCCACGCUGAAGGAAUUCAAGGACAAAUUGGAGGACCCAAAAUACCGUGGGGAGCUGAAGGCACUGAAGGAAGAGGUAGAAGCCUUUGCAGCCACGUUCCCACUCCCAGGGCUGCCUGUCCUGUAAGGGGACACAUCCGUGCCCGCUCCUGGAGCCACGGGAGUACCUGGGGCACGCUCACAAUCCCCAGCCUGAGACCAACACCCCAGUGCCUUCUCCCAGCACUUCCCUGUGGAACUGCAGCAGCAGCUCCUCCUUUGGCUCUUACUCUCCUUUUCCCUCCCACGUGGGGCACAGGGACCCCAUGAGUGCAACCCCUGUGGGGACACCAGCCCUUCACCACUGUGUCACCCUCACCUCAUGGCCCGGUGCCAUCCGGCUCCUGCUGGCUGUGGAGCAGCAGAUGAGAUUUCGGCUGGUCUGUCCACAUUCCCUGGACACCCUGCCCAUGGCAGUGUGAGGGACAGGGCUCCAGUUGCACAAGAAACCUCACAGCCCCGAGAAGUGCCCCUGGUUUCAGCCUCAAGGAUUUCUCUUCACCCAAUGUGCCUUGCCACCUCCACAGGCUAUGACAAGGCAAAGCCUUGUCCUGAACAUCCCUCCUGGGAUCACCAUCUCAUGCUAACCAGAUCCUCCAA